AUGAACGGUGCAGAUGAUCUUACCCGCUGCUACAUGGACGGUGGGGAAGAUCCGACGAACCACAGCUACACUGUGGACGAGGCGCUCUCCGCCGUGGGAUUCGGCUCGUUUCAUUGGCUGCUGCUGGGGUAUGCCGGCCUGGCGUGGGCGGCAGAGGCCAUGGAGCUGCUGCUGCUCUCCUUCAUCGCCACCCCCGCUGCCGCCCACUGGGGCGUGGGCGGCGACGGCGAGGCGGCGCUUUCGUCUGUAGUGUUCGCGGGCAUGCUCGUGGGCGCGUUCGCGUGGGGACUGCUGGCGGACAGCCGCGGGCGCAGGUUCGCCUUCACAGCAAUGGCCCUGCUCACCUUCCUAGCGGCCCUCCUCUCCGCCGCCGCCCCCUCCUUCCCGCUCCUCCAUCUCACACCCUUUUCUCCUUCGCUCUCCCCCAUCCCCCCCAUCGCAGGUUCGCCUUCACAGCAACGGCUCUCCUCACCUUCUUAG